ACCCGCUGCUUAAUGCUGGGGAUGACCGGCGGGGUGUGCUCGCAGGGCUGGCUGUCACUCCCGACAGCCAGGCCCGCAGCACUGAGGGAGACGGAGAGGGAGGCGGGUGACUCAUCACCGCUGCCUCCGACGGAGCCGCGCGAGUGCUGGAAGCCGCGCGAGCGCUGGGAGCCGCGUGACCGGCUCCCCUCACAGAGAAACGCCGCGCUCCCCUCACGGCCGGAGAGGCAGCGGCUGCAGAAAGAGGUCUGAAUACCUCAACCAAGCGGCGGGGAGGGGGCGCACUGCGGCGGGGGCGAGGCAUUAUAAUACCUAAAGUACUUAAGUGGCAGCAAAAACCCUACCUAAGCCUAACCCUUAAAAUUACCUCACAGUUUUUUCUUUUUACCGAAUAAACCUCCAAUAUACAAGCCACCAGAUUUAAUAUGCUUUACUACAUGUUGCUUGUCUGGAGCGUUGGGAUUUUCCUCCUCGGAGCUGUGAAAGGCGCCGAGGUGUGCUACAACCGAGUCGGCUGCUUUAAUGAUGCCAAACCCUGGGCAGGGACUGUAGAACGUCCCUUCACAAAACUGCCAUGGAGCCCUGAGCAAAUAAACACCCGUUUCCUGCUUUACACCAGGAAUAACCAGAACAGCUUCCAGACAAUCAGCGCUGCUACUCCUUCUACCAUCUCCUCGUCCAACUUCCGCACCACCAGGAAGACCCGCUUCAUUAUCCAUGGCUUUACUGACAGUGGAACGGCCUCCUGGCUGUCUGACAUAUGCAGGAAACUGUUCCAGAUUGAAGACUCCAACUGCAUCUGUGUGGACUGGAGCGGCGGAUCCCGCACUCUGUACUCACAGGCGUCCAAUAACAUCCGUGUGGUGGGCGCAGAAGUGGCCUACUUUGUAGACAUCCUCUCGAAAAACUUUGGCUACGGCCCUUCCAACGUCCAUGUGAUAGGCCACAGCUUGGGGGCACACGCUGCCGGAGAGGCUGGAAAGAGAGCGAAGAGCAUCAGUCGUAUCACAGGCCUGGACCCAGCUGAGCCAUACUUCCAGAACACACCUAUAGAAGUCAGGCUGGAUCCUUCAGAUGCUACCCUCGUCGAUGUGAUCCACACAGAUUCCGGUUCUCUUGUUCCUAACCUGGGAUUCGGAAUGAGCCAGAAUGUCGGUAACUUGGAUUUCUUCCCAAAUGGUGGAGUAAAAAUGCCCGGGUGUACCCAGAACCCAUCGAUCCCCAAUGUCAACGUUGAAGAUAUUUGGAGUGGAGUCAUUCACUUUGUCACAUGCAACCACAUGAGGGCCAUCAAGUACUAUACUGAUAGUAUUGGCAACACCGGCAUGUUUGUCAGCUACCCCUGCGCCAACUGGAGCACCUACCAGGGGGGCAGCUGCAAAUCCUGCCCAAGCGCUGGAUGUCCUAAGAUGGGCCACUAUGCCGACACCUACCGCGGAGUUACCGGAUCCAGCCAAGUCUUCUACACCACCACACCAUAAUCAAUGAAAGUCCCCCAAACCUCUACUCCCAGGAAAGCGCUGUCACAGGAAGAUACGGGACAUUUACUCGUAUUACCCUCCUGACCGCCUGGAGAGAAGUGAGGCGUUACUAAGUGAUUGCCAUGGAGCGCCAUCAUCUCCCAGCAUCCUCUACACUGGCCGCCGGUGACGGACGCGUCAUACUCUGUCCUGAUUUCAUCUGCCUGACUGCAUUCAAUUUCAUCUUCAGAACAUAAUGUUUUAUUUCAUCUCUCACUUUAAACUGUUCAAUUAAAUUGAAUUAUUAAUAACUGUUGUUCCUGUACAUUAAGAGUCAUACAGAUCCACAUCGGUUUUGGCGUUUAUGCCGUUUAUCGGUACCGCAAAUGUUCACUUUGUGCUAAAUGGUUAUUACUUUGCUUGAUUCACGACUAUGCUAAUAAAUACUCUAUAGCAAAGAUG